CUUCCGGCGCGGCCGACCAAUGAACAGCGCCCUGCACCGGGAAGAGCUUUGAGUCGUAUCGGGGUGCCUUAGAGCUGUCAUGGCGGCCUACGGGGCAGUUGCUGUGUUUUUUCUGCUCCUUUGCGCUGCUGCCAGUACCGCGUGGGGCUGGGACCAACAAGGGGUUCUGCUGCGGGACGUGCAAGUGCUCACUCUGCACCGGGGCCGCUACACCACGGCCCGGCGAACGGCUGCGGUCCCUCAGCUUCAGUGCACUGGAGGCAGCGCUGGGUGCUCUGAUAUCCCUGAGGUCGUUCAGUGCUACAAUAAAGGCUGGGAUGGCUACGACGUGCAGUGGCAGUGCAAAGCGGACUUGGAAAACACUCUUCGUUUUGGACAAAUUGAAGUGAGCUGCGAAGGCUAUAAUUAUCCAGAUGAUCCUUACAUCUUAAGAGGGUCCUGCAGUUUGCUGUUCAGGUUAGAGCUGACGAAGGAAGGUGAACGGAAAGCAAAGAACUUUGGAGGCUUUGGUUCUGGCUAUUAUACAUCAUCAAAGGAUUCUUCUCAUUCUGGUACUGGAGCAAUUUUUGUAAUUGUUCUGCUGAUUCUUGCCUUUGGCGUAUACAAGUUUUUCCUUAGUAACCAACAGCCCCAGCAGAGUUUUGGUGAUGGUGGUGGUGAUGGAUUCACUCGUCCUUUCUGGCAGAGUCAUCAGGCGCCUCCUCCUCCUGGUUUUAAGUUCAGCUCCACAGAAGACAAUGGCUUUGGGACUCGUUCCAGUCAUGAAACCAAUACAGGACCAGGAUUUUGGACUGGAUUAGGAGCAGGAGGCUUGCUAGGCUACUUGGCUGGCAGUCAGAGAACACAGCCACGCUCCUCGUAUUUCGAUACAUGGGGAGAUCCCACAGCUGUACCUCCAGUGUACAGACAGUCCAGCAAUUCGACACAAGGCAGCAGUACAAGAACUGCAUCUGGAUUUGGUGGCACAAAACGGAGAUGAAAUCCUUGAUGUUACUACAUCUGAGUGAUUGGACUGUACUAACCCCUUUUUAAUUAGCAGUAGCAGCUGUGAGAAGAGAUAUGAAGGACUAGGCAAAUAACUGCUCUCUUUCCCAUGUGGAAAUGUGAUCCUCCACUAUUGCUUUUCACCACAACAGCUUCUUCUUGAAAAAUACAAAAUAAACUCAUCCUCACUGAGACAGAUGAUAUUACGGUUGCUUAUGAGGAAUUAUGGUAAACAGUUUAUUGUUCUGGGCUUAAUUUCAUUUAAUGGGUUUGUUUUUUGUAAUCCAGAGUCUGAAAGGCAUAAUGUCUAAUCAUGCUAAAACCUGCAGGUUGCUGUUCUUUGAAACUACUUCUGCAUGUUUUUUAAAAUUUGUAGCCUGAAACAAUAUGGUUCAUGGCCCAGAGGUUUGCUGGAUGCCCUGUCCUUGGUGACAUUAAAGGCCAGGCUGGAUGGGGCUCUGAGCGACCUGAUGUAGCUGUAGGUGUCCUGUUCAUUGCCCAGGAGUUGGACCAGAUAACCAUUAAGAAUCCCUUUCAACUCAAACGAUUCUAUGAUUCUUUGUCUAAUUUGGAUUUUUCUUCUGGAAGACUGAGGCAAUUUAAAUUAAGGUGACUGCAGAUGCCUUGCUCUCAUUGCCAUUUUCUUUUUACUAUGGGUAUUAGUAGUGCUGUGAAAAUGUCUACUGUGAACUGGCUUAUAUCUCAGCUCCUGUCUUUCUUGCUAGAUGGCCUGUCCAAUGCAUGAUAAGCUGAAGAUACUCAUUGCAAAUGUAAAAGGGGCAUAAUGGGAGGUUUUGCCUUGUGAGAUGGAGCAUAUGAUAAAUCUUUAUAGCCAAGUACAGCAAUGUGUUUCAUUUGUGGAGUUCUUGCUUAUUUGUAAUUUGAGCUGAAACUUACUACAGUCAGUACUCUAUUCACCAACUAAUUACUUAUCAAUGAAACUGGAUUUUUUCCUAAUUGGGUAGGUUGAAGUGAUCUCAAUAAUUAUAUGUUAUGAAAUCUUUUGGAUGUUUUUUCAUGUGUAUUUAUAUCCUGUAUGAUGUCUGUUUUCAUGCAUAAACCUUAUGAGUUGCACUAGUCUGCUGAACUUGUUCUAUGAUAUUUUUUCACUUCUAUUUGAUAAAGUAAUAAAAAUAAGAGAAUAAAGAGUAUUUUUGUAUUUAAA